AUGUCUCGUGCGGGUGCAUAUCAAGUUUACGAUCCAGUACUGGGAACCUACGUGCCGCGCGCAUCGUCCAGCAGCUGCACCUUCCUCGGCUUAGCGCUGGAGGAGAUCAAAGUCAUGGCCUGCGUCGGAGCCACGGCGGCCGUGUGCUACGGGGCGUGGAGGUACUACAGGUACAAGACCUGCCUGCGCACCUACGGCCGGGACAUGACGGCCUUGGCCAGCAAGCAGCGCGACCCGGUGGUGCCCGUGCGCCGCGAUGAACGGGUCGACCGCGUCGUCCGCAUCCUCUGCCGCCGGACCAAGAACUGCGCCGCGCUCGUCGGCGCCGCGGGGGUCGGCAAGACGGCCAUCGCCGAGGGGAAGGUGCCCAAGCAGCUCGCCGGCGCGCGCCUGGUGGAGCUCGAUCUCGCGGCCAUGGUGGCAGGGACCAGGUGGCGCGGCAUGUUCGAGGAGCGCAUGAAGAACGUGAUCAGCUCCGCCGAGGCGUCCAACGGCAAGAUCAUCCUCUUCAUCGACGAGAUGCACACGCUCAUCGGCGCCGGCGACUACCAGCGCCGAAACGACGCCGCCAACAUGCUGAAGCCGGCGUUGGCCCGUGGCCGCAUCCGCUGCGUCGGCGCCACCACGUUCGAUGAGUACCGCAAGCACAUCGAGAAGGACCCCGCCCUCGAGCGGAGGUUCCAGAAGGUGCACGUCGACAAGCCGAGCGAGCAGGCCACCAUUGGCAUCCUCCGGGGUCUAAAGCAGCGAUACGAAGAGCACCAUAGUCUGGAAAUUCAGGAUGCUGCAAUCGUUGCCGCUGCACAGCUCGCUGGCCGCUAUGUCACCGGCCGACAAUUUCCUGACAAGGGAAUUGAUCUCAUUGACGAGGCUUGCACCAGCCUAGAGGGGAGUGAGAUGAUUGUUGGUCCGGAUCACAUUGCACAGGUUGUGAGCCGAUGGACAGGCAUUCCUAUAGCUACACUUGAUCAAGAGGAGAAGGUCAAGUUAGUCCAUUUAGCGGACAGAUUGCAUGAGCGAGUAGUUGGACAAUAUGAGGCUGUCAAUUUGGUUGCAGAUGCAGUCUUGUGUUCUAGGGCUGGUCUUGAUCAUUCUGGUCAACCAAUAGGCUCCUUCCUAUUUGUGGGUCCGACUGGUGUUGGAAAGACCGAGCUUGCAAAAGCUCUCGCCGAGCAGCUAUUCGAUGACGAGAAGAUGUUGAUUCGCUUUGACAUGUCUGAAUAUGUUAGCCCCGGAUCUGUCCUGCGUCUCGUUGGAGCACCACCGAAGUAUCUCCAAGAUGUUGGUCAAAGGAGAAGCUGA